AUGCGUGAGAAGUUACUAUCACAGAACUACUGUAUCUUUACUGGCAAUCUUUCUGCAUACAGCAACAAAGCACAGCAUUUUGCGUUUGGAUUUCAAUCACCAUCUCAAAUGAUGCUUAUGAGAAUUUCCCAGUCGUUUUGUCUUGAUGCAAUACACAACAUCUCUGCAUGCAACAUUGAAAUAUUAUACUCGUUUAUUACUCGCCAUUCUGAUACUGGAAAAGGGUCUCCUGUUGCAUACAUGAUUACAAACGAUCAUAGUCAUAAUUUAGACAGCAAAGUAAAGCUUGAUGCUUCAUACACAUCAGAACAACUUGGCAAAUACAAGUAUGAGCUCAAGGCCAAUCUGAAAAAUAUACUUAUUGAAUCAGAUGAGAAUGAAUUUUUGAGAAAAAUCCAGGAGUUUAGGCUUUGUAUACAAAGUCAGCAACAAUUCCUGGCUUAUUUCAAACGUAAAUGGAUUGGAACAGAAGAAUUGUUGAGAAGAUGGGGAAGGCCAUAUGUUGCAAAUGACCACCAAAGAUAUUUGACAAACAAUUACAUGGAAUCGUGGCACAACCAAUUGAAAACAAUAUACUUUGGCCAUACUUGCAUAAGACGAUUGGACUGUCUUGUCUUUAUUUUGACAAACGAUGUGGAGUUUUUUUACAAUGAAGAAGUGGAACGAAUCUACAUACAAAAUGGACAAAUGGAUGACAUGCUCCCUUUCAUAAUCAUUAAUCCUUUUAAUGAGAUUGGCAAUAGCAUGGAAGACUUUAAUGGCAAGUGGACAGUAAAGUCAUUUACAGAUGAAACACAAUGGUAUCAGGUUAAUGUACCAAACAAUUUGAUACAAAAUUGCACUUGUCUUAAUUUUGCUUCACGUCAAAUUCUCUGUAAACACGCACAUCUCCUAAAGAGAUUUAUUGGUCUAGACUUUGCGUAUACAGUUCAAAGGGAAAACAACCACCUCCAACUGCAAAGAUCGCUUGCAUCUGAGCAUGAAGUGGCAGUUGUUAAUGAGGAAGUUGAAAAUGAAACAAAUACAGUUGUUGUAAAUAGUAGAAACAAUUCUGUUUGGUUGCAAAGAAUCAUAGCCCAGAAUACAACACUUCAUUAUCAAAGAGAAGACUUAGAGCAGUUGAUAGAUGUUCCAGGAAUUGAUGAAGCCGAAUUACAAGUGAUUAGUGAUUUACUUGGGGAAGCAAUGAACUGUAUAGAUACUCUUAGAAAUGCAAACUCUUUCCACUUUAGAAAUCUUAAUACACAAAGAUAA